CCUACGGAUGGGGGUGAAGUAUCAUUAAAAGACUUUGUCCUUUGUAGUUCUGUCUCCUUACUAUCCUCUCCUCUCCUCUCCUCUGUUUUUCACUUCCUGAAACUACAACAAUUUGGUCAACUUUUUAGUUCCUGCCCUUAUCUUUCUCUUGAUCAAUGAACAUUCAAGAAUAGCCAUUGUUAGUGUUUAUAUUAUGGAAUCUUCUUCUUCUUCUUCUUCUUCUACCUUUCAAAUUGAUGCUCGUCUUCCUAAAGAGAUCAGCUGGGGAACCAUAGAGUUUCUUCAAUGGGAAGGCUUCUGGUAUGCAAAACCUCACCUUGCAGCCGUCAUGGCUGCAAGGUCACACUUCAAAGCUCGAGACGAAGAUGUCAUCUUAGCUUCCUCUAUGAAGACAGGGAGCACCUGGCUCAAGGCUAUUAUACCCUGCAUCAUCAACAGUAAGACUUCUGCUGCUGGUGAUGGAAAUGGUGACAAUAUUGAUGAGGAAGAAGACUAUGAUCCUUUUGUCGAACACCACCCCAAUGACCUUAUGCCAGCUUUAGAAACCCAGAUUUUUCGCCAAGAUCCAAAUGCCGAUUUAUCAGGUAUGCCUUCUCCUAGACUUUUGAGAACCCAUAUGCCAUAUUCAAUUCUGCCAGAGUCCAUCAAGGACUCUGCCUGCAAGAUUGUCUACAUCACUCGAGACCCUAAGGAUGUGUUUGUGUCCUUGUGGCAUUUCUUGAACACAAGGAUUUCAUGCCCUUUACAUGAAGCAUUUGAGAGCUUUUGCAAUGGAGUACACCCUUUUGGGCCUUUCCAUGACCAUGUUUUAGGGUACUGGAAAGAGAGUCUGAAGAGGCCUGAAAAGAUACUAUUCCUGAAAUAUGAAGAGCUAAAGAGUGACCCAACAGGGCAAGUCAGAAAAUUAGCUUCUUUUCUUGGAAGGCCUCUUGUUCAAGUGGAUGAAGUGGACAAACUGGUCUGGAAGUGUAGCUUUGAGAGGCUGAAAAACUUGGAGAUUAACAGAACUGGGGUAGACCCUCAUCUUGGGUUUACCUAUAAAUCAUAUUUCAGGGUUGGUUUGGUUGGGGAUUGGAAGAACCACUUAUCUGCAGAGAUGAGGAAACAUCUGGACAAAAUUACACAAACGAAGCUGGAGGGGUCCGGGUUAGAAUUGUAAUUCUCUCCUAUAGGAAUGUGACACCCUGCUUAUGCAAUUAAUGAUCGGAUUACUGUCCAA